GUUCUAUUAAAAAAUAAACUCAAUCCCUGUUCACUCUUCUACUACAUGAAUGACUUACUUAGACCGUCAAUGGGCGCUCAAAUAGAGUGAAUGAGAUGUUAAAUCGAAGCUUUUUAUACGUAUCUAUCUAGACAGUGUGCAAUAGAUCUUCAAUUGUUGUCCGAGCUGCUGUUAUACUACAAAAGUGUGUAAACAUGUAGCUGCUUGUCCGAAAUACUAAGUUUUGCUAUUAGUUACUGUAUUAUUUACGUUCAGCUUUGUAAAUUGCGCGAUGGGAGCUGAACAGUCUCGAGGAGGAGGGUUCAGAAGAAGAAUUCGUAAAAAUUCUCUCGAAGAUCCUCCGUACGCAACUGCUACCCAGCCAAUUGGCGAAUCACCACGACGUCUUUUAAAAACACAGUCGUUAUCGAUGCCAGGAUCAUCAGGGGUUUCAGCAUUACAGGGGCAUUCACCAAAAUCGACACCUAUUAGGUCAGCGUCAUCAGUGGCCAGUAGUACAGCAAAUCGAUGGAUUGUUACAGUUAAUGACGGCGUGUCACCCUCUACGGAAGUCACUGAUCCUGCCCGCGACCCCGUUUUAUUAACGCUACAAAAAGUGCCUACUUUCUACCCUAUAAUUCGCGAUACCGUUAGAAAUCCUGUCAUGAAGGAGAUAACGGGAACAUCGUGUCGUCUCGACAUUGGCGCUGCGACUGCGUUGGUGACGCGCUACCAGACCUUGAUACGAGAGAAUGCUGAAGGCGUCUCUAAGGAACAGACGCGGCUGGGUCAGCGACUCCAGGAUAUGGAUUAUGCUGUCGGCACCCUCCACCAGGUUCUUCAAGACCGAUCUAUUAAGCUUUCUAAACAGACCGAUCAGCUUAGUACCGUCAGCCAAAUAUGCGCACUUCUAAACUCCAGCAGGAUGUGCUUACAGAAAUCAUUAGAAAUUUUACAGUGGGUAAAUAUAUGCCUUCCGCCGGAACAUCGAUUGGAAGUACCCGACCUUGGCCUUAAUUUAGAUGAACAGACCGUUGCUGAGAGCUGAGCAGAAGCUUUAUUACAAUAGUAACAUCCGUUGAGAUCUAUAUGUUUGCGUACAAUUAUGUAUGUGAAUGCACAGGAACGCGCACACAGAUCAAAAGUGAUUAGAUCGCUGAAAAUGUCCGUUGCAGGGUAUAAAAGUAACAAAACUCUUUCACAGCAGAUCUUGACUCUACUGUAACCUUUUUAGAUGAAACAAAUAAUAACAGUGAUGCAUUAGUGAAUAAUAAUUAUAGGGAAAAAUCAAAAUAGAAUAGAUAUUAAUGUAACAAAUCAAUGAUCGUCACUGAGAAUGGCCGUGCAUAUUCAGCUUUUACACUAGUGCUUAUUUGCUGAGCAGUCUCAGUAGAAGUGCCAAGUGUCUUUGUAUGAGUGUGUGUGUGUGUGUGUGUCUGUUUGCAUAUACUAACCUAUUAGCAAAGUAAGUAGUGAUAUUGCUGCAAGCCACGAUUUUUGAGUCAGAUUUUUGCGUGCGAAAAUUUUGAUCCACUGUAAACAGAUUUAUGAUAUGAGUGAUGAUUUGAAAAUGUUCCGACUUCUCAGCUGCUUUUAAAGGAAACAAUGCAUAGAACAAAUCUAUUGCUGACAUUGGUACAAAUAUGUGAAGCUUUCGUCUUAUGCUAAUGUUGAAUCAGAAAUUAGUAAAUAUUAGAUUAUGAUCUAGGUGUUUUCCUUUGAAUUCAAGCAAGAUAAAACAAAUAAUAUAUGUCGUCGAUCAGUGUAAACGGGCUAUUUGAGGUCGCUGUAUCCACACGUUGUGCUGCAUCUAUGGAUAGUCCAACCAAUUUGAUAAAAACAAGUAAAUAUUGGUACAAGAGAAUAUCGGUUUUGCCAAAGGAUAUUUUGGUACAUUAGGUUUGGAUAAUUGGGGGGCAGGGGUCCUUGGCGCCGAAGGAUAAAUGAUUUCCGGCUUUCAUUACUAAGUAAAAUUGCGGCCUGUUUAUUUAUGGGGCUCACAUAAUAUCGAUAUCAGAAGUCUGCCUAACUCGAGUAAGAUUGGUCUUUUGCACACCUUAAGUUUUAACUGUAUGUAUUAAUAAUAAUCGUUUAUUUUUAUCUCAACCACUAAUUAACAGGAGCAAAGCAGGUAUUCAGUAACGUUCACAAAUAUAUAUAUAUAUAUAUAUAUAUAUAUAUAUAUCUUGAAAUAGAGUUACCCAAUAAAAAUUAUAAACCUUGUUUGCUUAUUAAGCUAAUAUUAAGUUAUUUAAAGCAGUUGGAAAAAGAUCGUGAAUAGAAAAUGCUUUCUAUACCUUCUUUAAUAAAAACUUACCUUUAAUAAAUCUGAAGUUGCUUUGGUAUCAAGUGGAAUAAAACCUAUUCAAUACAAGGUCUAAAGGAAAUAUUAGCAACACUUCCAAACACACACACUUAGCCACAAAGGGUAAUGGUACUUGUUAAGUAUUUUAUGAAGUCUAAACGGAACCUUAUUGCUAAGAUGUGCGCGGAAAAAUUCUAGAUUAGAGCAGACGAUUGAGUCUAAAUUGACAACUAUUUGGACUUAAGUGUUCAAUGAAUUUGUGUUAUAACGUUUUUCAGAAACCCCCAGUUUUCGUUCUUAAGUAUUGAGAUAACACUGUUAUAGGCUAACAUUUUCAACAGGCUUGUAUCUAGCGGUAAUCGCUGUCCUACGAACAAUAAUUUGUCUGUUGCCGCUUGGCGUGUCAACAUUUAAUUUUACGUGUUUCUAACUGCUCCGCUCACAGGCUAAACAUGGCAAACCACUUGUUUGUGAUAAAAAGACCGUCAAAGUCAACUUCAUACGCCACGACCCACUGUACGUGUCAGGUGCGAUCGAUUUUUCAAUAAUGAGCGCUGAUUUCUUCAGUGGCGGCAAAUUUCAGAGCGUUUACCCGUGCCUAAAAAAUGUGCACUAUUGCUUAGGUUAUUUAGCAUAUCAGCUCGUCUUACAAAGAUUUUUUGGAUGUUUACGCUGAAAGUUUGCGCAUUCCGUUUCUCGCUGGCGCAGUUGUUUUAAAGCAUUGAAUAAAGGAUAAAAAAUGAGCAGCUCCUCUAGUCAGUACACAUAUUACAUUAGGUUUAAAUUUACCCUUAGGCUUCAUAAAACGAGGUCUUGUUUUAAAAAAACUAUCUCGUGCUGUAUUCUCGAAGGUACGUCCGAGUUUGUCAAAUAUGACAGUUGGCUACCUAGUCAAUUGCAGCCAGCUAUGAACUUUAUAGUUUCAUGUACAUUUCAGGUCUAGUUUGACCUUUAGUUUGAAAUGUAAUGACAUGCUCAAUAUAUUCUCUUUUUACAAAAAUAGUUAUCCAGAUCAGCGUGGUAAUAAUGGUACUUAGUUUUUGAACCCGCUGGUGAAUAGUUUGACCUGUUGGGUCUAAAUAAACAAGUGUAGCUCUAUUCAAAGCAUCUAUGACCGCAUCUGUUUAUUAACGGCGCAACUGAGCCCCAUCAUUUCUGUUUGGAGUAUUGAAAAGGGUCUA